AUGUACGAAGGGAUUGACAACCUGAAAUCCCUUUACGACCGUGCCGGGAAGACUUUCUCCGGCGGUCCUUCUGCGGCACAGGAUGUGCCGCAUCGUACUGCUCAACCAGACCCAGUACGUCGAUCAUCAGUUGGGAGCGGGGCUCCCAAGAAUCCCAGGACGGGAUAUAGCCGCGCCACCGGACGAGAUAACUCGUCCGACGUCCGUUCACGUCGCGGUGGUUCAACAGUUGCUCAACUAGAUAGCGCUGGCCACCGCGAGAGUUCUCUAAUGGAGGUGGAGGAGGAGGAAAGACGCUCUCCACACGAUCAUGGGGAUCGGUGUGUUCCCGAGAGCUUCUUUGAUCGCGUAACGCAAGGGUUACGCGACGAUCUCGAACACGAGCGGGGCAGGCGUCUACAAUUGGCGGACACUGUCUUGAAGCAUCGAGCUGAGUUUGCCUUUGCUCAGCUUGAGAACGAGAGAUCUCUGACAUCUCUUCAUGACGAGCUAAGGGUAGCUCGUGGGAUUGUUGAUCGGUCUCGGGCUGAGAUAACCGCUCUUCAGACCCUUGUUGAUGCCCACCAUCGGGAGCACAAGGCUCUCUGCGAGAUGCUUGAGCGCAAGGGCGUUCUUCAUCGGAAGAAGCAGCGUACUGAUGGUACGGCUUAA